ACAGAGGCACAGAAAAUGGCUGACUUACCUGUGGAUCGUCUGAGCACCGACCCGCCAUCCUCUUACGUUGGGGUCGAUGUGUUUGGGCCUUGGUCAGUCACUUUUCGUCGAACACGGGGAGGCUGUGCCACCAGUAAACGAUGGCCGGUCAUCUUUAGCUGUAUGAGUACUCGAGCCAUACACAUUGAGGUGAUGGAGUCAAUGGAAGCUUCGAGUUUCAUUAAUGCGUUGCGGCGAUUCCUCUCCAUUCGUGGCCCAGUAAAACAGUUGAGGUCUGACUGUGGGACCAACUUCCUGGGCGCAUGCAAGGAGCUUGGUAUUGACUCAAGACAGUGUGAUAAUCAGAUAAUACAGGAUUUCUUAAGUGACAACGGAUGUACAUGGGUUUUUAACCCACCUCAUGCUUCCCAUAUGGGUGGCAGUUGGGAACGCAUGAUUGGGGUGACAAAGCGUAUACUUGACUCAAUGCUUAUGGGUAUUACACACCAGAAAUUGACCCAUGAAGUGUUAACGACCUUUUUGGCAGAGGUAACAGCCAUAGUCAAUUCGCGACCCCUCAUCCCAGUAUCCACGGACCCAAGUUUUCCACUCAUCUUAACGCCUGCAACCCUUCUCACCCAGAAAGUUGGAGUGCCGUUAAUACCUCCAGGUACCUUCAAUGAAAGUGACCUGUUUCAACGCCAAUGGAGACAGGUGCAAUAUCUUUCCAAUGUUUUCUGGCAUUGGUGGAAGAACCAGUACCUUUCUACACUCCAAGAGCGCAGGAAAUGGCAUUUGACAAGACCUAAUCUGCGAGAGGGGGACAUUGUGUUGUUGAAGGACAGUCAAGUCAAGAGGAACCAGUGGCCUAUGGGUAUGGUGGUAAAAACUUUCUCUAGUCACGAUGGAAAGGUGAGGAAAAUUGAGGUUAAGGUUGCAUCUGGGGGAGAGUGUAAAACCUUCUUGAGACCCAUAACAGAAACCGUACUCCUCCUUCCACAUACUAAUGACAAAGAUGGUGAAGGAGAAAGAGUUUGAUUCUGACGUCUUACAGACGUCAGGCGGGGAGUGUGCUGGCAGAGAAUGAUUCUCGCCAACAGAGGGCGCUGUUUUUUUUAUAUUUUUAUUUUUGUAUAUUUGGUUUGUGCGCAAUAGACAGGAAAUAGGAACUACAUGCCACAUGUUUAGCUUUAGCCAUCAGAGGUAGAAGUCAGGUCUUUCUAGACUUAAGCUACGUCCAUCCUUCUUUGUUCUUCCUCGGAAAGCAUUGCUUGAUGAUGUUCAGGCUUCUGCUGCUCCUCUGCCUUGGACACUGUCUCCUUGCUGUCUUUGGGGCAAACAAAGCUAUCUACGCUGAUGUUGGAGGCACUGUCACGCUGCCCUGUGAUGGACCAGCAGCUACAGACACCAAGAAGGUUAUGUGGAUGUUUGAUGGCAGGCCUGUCUUUUGGUUUAAAAAUGAGAGCUGGUGUGGAACUGGUCGUUAUGUGAAUCGAACUCGGCUUGGAUCCAUUGAACAGAACAACUUCUCUUUGGUCAUUAAUCCUAUCAGAAAAGAGGAUGCCGGGGUGUAUACGUGUCGAAUCAAUGGUGAAGAUAUACAAAUCAUUCGCCUUAAUUUCACAGAUACUGUUUACAGGCCAUACAGAGAGAGAGAAGAUCCUCCAGGGGCGUCUUCAGGAGGAAACUCAGUGGGGAUUGGGGUGACUGUGGUGAUUGUGGUGGUUGUGGGGAUUGGGGGGAUUGUGGUGGUUGCAUUGUUAUUCAGAAGAAGGAAGAACCAGCUAAGGACUAGAAGGCCAGCUGAUCUGGUACGGUCUACUGAAUAUUCCCUGAUUGACAUGAAUAAAGAUGACAGUGUAAAUCAGAGUACAGAGGAACCAGCCAAUGAAGGUCUGGCUCAUCCUACACAGUCUUCUGCAAAUGGUCUGCUUAAUGGGGUUAGUGACCAUUUUGGAGGCUGCAGUGUUAAUCAGAGGACCGCUGACUGCUUGGACUCGCCUACUUGGACUCAAGUGCAAGGCUCUACGCAGGAUGGUGUGGACGGCGUCACUGUCACCGCUACCCCCUGUCCGGGAGAAUCCGCACACACACUGUGUCCGGAUAGCCUCCAGCAGCAGCAGGGUUCUGCAGAUCUUAUAUGAAUUUAUAUCAAAGUAUAUUUCUAUAAUAAAUUGUAAUAUUUUAUAAUAGUUUUUUCCAUGUGUAACGGGUGGUCCAGGUAAGAGACAUGGAUCCAGUAAUGCGGGGUGAUAUGUCCUUUAUUCGGGACAGAACAGACACAGAGGACAGGUACAGGAACAGAGUCUCCGUGAGGACUGGUCCGGAGUAGGGUAUACUCCCGGGGAGGGGAGAUCGGUGACCAGAACUGGAGUCGGCGAGCAGAGGACGAAGUCGGGAGCCGUUGCGGUAGGUCAUAGCCGGGAAAGUCAAUCCGAGGGGUGACACGGGGACAGGAGACGGAAGGUUCGGAGAAGGGGGGCGCAGGGAAGGCUUCGGGUCGGGGACUCAAGGAGAGGAGCUAGACUGAGGAGAGAACAGGAACGAGCAGGGUAAGUACAAGCAGGGCGAUGACAGGCAGGAAGACAACGGAGACAGGGAGAAGGGUUAAACGCUCGGUAUGUCUCAUUCGAACAAUGGUAACAAUACUUCGCGUCAUUCGGUUGUUGUCGAUCCGGUUUUCUUACGGUCUUGAUUGCCGUCUUAGUGAUCGCAGCUGGAGGGAUCCGCCCUAGUGGGCGUGACACCAUGUCCACGAAUCAAGCCUGUAGAACCAUCAGAUGGGUCCCAUCAAAUCCUGCUUUAUUGACGAAUACAUAUUCAUGCUGGGUAUCACUGGAAUCCGACUGGAAGCAGAACUGUGUCUCAUGGUGUAUUCACACUUGGCAUGUUUGUCUCGUACUGGGCCCGAACACAACUGCUCCCCUUAUGGCGUUAAAUUAGUGCCAAAACUCGCGCGCAUAAAAACCAUGCGCGCGUAUGCGCUCGCGAGCAGAAAACCCAUCCUCUCUAUGCGCUCGCGUUUGCGCAGCACUCGCUCGCUCGGCGUUACAUUACUGCCAAAAAUCAAACCACACGUGCGCUUGCGAGCUGAAAACCCAUCCUCUCUACGCGCUCACGUUCGCUGGACCCUAUCUACGCGCUCGCG